AACUUAAACAUAGAUUUGUUCCCGCUACAUAGUUCAGUCCGGAACACGUCGGAGUUCAUCAACACAAACAAACUAAAAACAUACUUCCUCCGUUUCAAAAUAGAUGACUCAACACGUGGAGGUAGUACUCGCACGCCGAGCGGUAGAGGGCGUAGGCGAGCUCGUAGUCCGCCUUCGCCGCCUCGAGGCGUUCGGCGGCUCCCUCUUCACCGGUCGCCGCCGCUAGCUUCGUGGCGUGGUGCGAGAUCUCCACCUCACAGAGCCUCUUUGUGGUCGGCCAGUGCUGCUCGCCAAGCUCGUUGAAGCGGCCGCACACGCGGUUGCCGCUGCUACGGGAGAGGGCGCCACGCGUUGGCGCGCCUGCGCUGAGCGCCACGGCAUGACGGCGAGCCGGGUGGAGCUGUAAGCCUCCGCGUCGGCAUGUGGUGGCGACCCGUGGCGGCCCCACGUUCCCGACCUUCUCCCUCCAUGGAUCUGCGCUUGAGAGGAAAAACUGGCCGGAAUCGGUCGCCGGAGCUACGAAAGGAAGGCGGCGGAGAGAAGUGGAUUGCAGCGGAGGGGGACAAAUCUUAUCCGAGACAGGGAUCUUAAAACGCCCCGCUCCCGUGGAUACAGCGGCAGAACGGUCGGUUUGCGGGCCGCCCGUAUAUUUUUUACGGGCCGAGAAAAAUAUAGCGCAUCUGUUCCAGCCCGAAAAAGCCCGAAAACGCUAAAACGGAUGCAAAUAUACAGGCCGGCGGCGGGAUAUACAGAGCCAAAUCAGUCAAAGAGGUCUCAAACCCCAAAGCUUCCCCACUCCACGAACCAGUAACCCUCUCUCGCUCCUGCCGCCAUGGACGGAUGACGAGCUUGCUUGUCUCAGAGAGAAACCCAAAUCCCCUCCUCACCCGCACCACACCAUUGGAUUCCCCACUCCACGAGCUUCCCGUCGACCCCAGUCUCGUCCACACGCAUUUAUCUGCUCUGCUCUCCAGGGUCACUGCCACCACACGAAAGCGAGGGGAAAAAAAGAAAUCAUCUGUCGUCUCCAUGAGCGGCGCCGGUUCGGGUGCGGCGCCGCUGGAGUUCCCCUCUGCGGAGUGGCGGCGCGUCUACGACCGGCUCAUGGGGUUGCUGCCGCGGGUCGAGGAGCUCGCCGCCGACCGCGCGCGCCUGGAGGAAAUCAACAGGCUGUCGGAGGCCCGCGAGAAGAGCCUCCGUGCCCGCCUCCUCCAGGCGGAGGCGAGCAGGGAGAGGUGGAAGACGGCCUACACGGAGCUGCCUCCAGGUGCUAAUCCCAAGCUUGCCGAACUUCAAAAGAGGGACUUGGUGGAUUCCGAAGCCUGUGAAGCUCUCUCUGACCCUGAUAUCUCUCAACUCAAGCAGGUGACUAAUGAGGAUACUAAUGAGAUGGAUCUUGAACAGUGCACGAUGCAGAUCUUUGUCAAAAUAAACUGUUCAAAUUUUCGCAAAAAAAGAAAGAUCCACUGUUUAAAGACUAUCACUCUUGAGGUCAUGGGAUCAGAUACGAUCUAUGAUGUCAAGGAUAAGAUUCGAGACAAGGAGGGCAUCCCUGAAGGCCAGCAGAGACUCAUGUUUGGCAGUGAGCUGCUGAUGGACAGCGGCACCCUGGAGUACUACAACAUCGAGGAAGAGUCCACGCUCACCCUUGACCUUGUCCCCCGAGGGAUGCAUAUCUUUGUCAAGACACUGGCUAACAAGAUCAUGACUAUUGAGGUUGGGGGAGAAGAUAGCAUAUACAUUGUGAAGGCAAAGGUCUUCGAUGAAACCGGCAUUUGCCCAGGCAGACAACGUCUCAUCUUUGCUGGGAACGAGCUGGAGGAUGGCUGCACCUUGGCUGACUACAACGUGCAAAAUGAAUCUACACUUCAUAUUGUGUUCUGCUUGGCGUGUCAGAGAGAUGGGAUGCACAUUUUUGUCAAGACACUGACUGGCAAGAUCAUGGCUAUUGAUGUUGAGGGAGAAGAUAGUCUAUACAGUGUGAAGGCAAAGAUUUUUGAUGAAACCGGCAUUCCCCCAGGCAGACAGCGUCUCAUCUUUGCUGGGAAGCAGCUGGAGGAUGGCCGCACCUUGGCUGACUACAAUGUGCACAACGAAUGUACCAUUCAUCUUGUGGUGUUUCACGGCCUCACGUGUCAGAGAAGUGGGAUGCACAUGCACAUCAUUAUCAGGGGACUGACUGACAAGAUCAUGACUGCUGUGGCUGAGGGUGAAGAUACCAUAUAUAGUCUGAAGGUAAAGGUUUCCGCUGAAACCGGCGUUCCCCCGGACAGACAGACUCUCAUCUUUGCUGGGAAUGUGCUGGAGGAUGGCCGCACCUUGGCUGACUACGACGUGCAACAUGCAUCUACCCUUCAUGUUGUGUUGCGCGGCGUCACGAGGCAGAGAGGUGGGAUGCGCAUAUUUGUCAGGACGGUGAACGGGAAGGAGGUCAUUGAUCGUGCGUUUAAGCCCAGACAGACCAUUGACGAUAUCAAAGCGUGGAUCUACUCUGAGUUGUGCAUUCUCCCGGACCAUCAGCAGCUCUCUGACCAGGGCGGCGCCCCCCUGGCUGAAGAGAUCUCUCGUUCGUGCACCCUUGUGUUGCAGAUCCGUCCUCCUGGUGGUCAAUGAGAUGGAUGUAAAUCAGUCCUUGGCUGGUGGUGGUGUUAGUGAGAACUCAGACUCGGUAGAGGUUGAGUUUGAAGUGCUAAUUUAGCAUGUGUGGGGUCAUUUUGGUACAAUGCAGGGUGUAAAAUGAAUGGACAGUUGUAGUUUCUGGCUGGUAACAAGACUCACUCGCAACCCUGUGUAUGUAGGUGGGGUUUCUGUGAAGGUGUAAGCACUUGAUGUCACCGUGGAGCUUAUGGUGUCGUUAGCCUAACA